AAGGGAAUUUAGUCCAUUGAGACAACUUUUACGCUUCAUUACAUAUUUGUCAUUGAGCAUGGUUUGUUUGCAUUUAGGAAUCAACUCUCAUUUUUUUUUCUCUUUCUGUUUCUUCAGACUUUUUUUGUUUGUUAUAACUGUCUUGAUGGUACAUUGCAUUCAAAUCAUUUUUUUAAAAAUUUGUUCAAGUCAAAAGAUUUAGUCUGUCAUUAGAACGAUUGUCACAUGUGUAUUUUACAAUUUCAACAGUAGUCGCGCCAUCUUUGAGCUAGCAUAUAUAACCACAAUAUAUGUAACAUUGUUUAUGAUCAACGAAUUCAAGCAACGUGUUCACGUUGAUUUAUUUGUUAAGUGUGUGGUGAAUUUUGUUUUUUAUUUUGAUUUUUUUAUUUUUAUUAUUGUUGAACAAUUCCAACGGAAUUUAUUCAUCGACAAAUAUGCCGCAAAACGAACACAUUGAAUUGUUCAACAAACGUUAUGGUCGUCGGCUAGAUCAUGAAGAACGUAAACGAAAGAAAGAUGCUCGCCGUGUGCGAGAAAUAUCGUCCAAAGCAAAGAAACUUCGUGGUAUCAAAGCCAAAAUCUAUAAUCGGCAAAGAUUUACUGAAAAAGUUCAGAUGAAGAAAACGAUGAAAAAACACGAGGAAAAGGAAAGUAAAAAGCGAGAAGCUCCAGCCGAUGAUGGAACAGCAUUGCCUCAUUACUUAUUAGAACGAGAAAAUCAAACUCGAGCCAAAGUUUUAUCCAAUAUGAUCAAACAAAAACGAAAAGAUAAAGCAGGCAAAUGGGAAGUGCCAAUUCCUAAAGUGAAAGCAGUUUCAGAUUUUGAAGUGUUCAAAACAAUUGAAACUGGUAAACGAAAGAAAAAAUCUUGGAAACGAAUGGUUACCAAAGUAUGCUAUGUUGGAGAAGGAUUCACACGUAAACCACCUAAAUUCGAACGAUUCAUUAGACCAAUGGCAUUGAGAUUCAAAACAGCUCAUGUAACACAUCCAGAACUAAAUACGACAUUCAAUUUGCCCAUCAUUGGUGUUAAAAAGAAUCCAAGCAGUCCAAUGUAUACAUCUUUGGGUGUCAUAACUAAAGGCACCGUUAUCGAAGUGAAUAUUAGCGAACUUGGCCUAGUAACACAAUCAGGAAAAGUCGUAUGGGGAAAAUAUGCUCAAGUUACGAAUAAUCCCGAGAAUGAUGGCUGUAUUAAUGCCGUUCUUAUUGUGUGAUUUUAAUCAUCAUUAUUAUUAUGUAUACAUAUUACUAAUUCUUGAUAAUUGUUCAUACAUUUUUUUUUUAGUUUCGAUGUUAAUCUAUUUUUCCAUUUCAUAUUAUCAUGACAUCUAUCGAUAGUGAUUAAUACUAAUAUAAAUAAUAAUGAAAAAAUUUAAAAUUCAAAAUUGAAGGUCAAAAUCUCUUGAACACACACACACACACACACACAAUCCAACAGCGAGUUUACGUGUGUAAUAUCUUAAUAAAUCUCUCAUACGGUUUGUUCGCUAA